GAGGCCUGGAAGAAGUAAACCUGGAGGUGGGACCUGGAGAAAGCUGGAACCAUGCUGACCUUGUGCACAGCAAAGAAGCAGAUGCCAUUUCUGGAAAGCCCACCAUUGAUGUGGAUGAGGAAGAGGGGGCCCCCCAAAUCUGCCGCGUAUGUGGGGACAAGGCCACUGGUUAUCACUUCAAUGUCAUGACAUGUGAAGGAUGCAAGGGCUUUUUCAGGAGGGCCAUAAAACGCAAUGUCUGGCUGAGGUGCCCUUUCCAGAAGGGCACCUGUGAGAUCACUCAGAAGACCCGGAGGCAAUGCCAGGCCUGCCGUUUGCAAAAGUGCCUGGAGAGCGGCAUGAAGAAGGAAAUGAUCAUGUCCGAUGCGGCGGUGGAACAGAGGCGAGCCUUGAUCAGGAGGAAGAAGAGAGAGCGGGGUGACUCCCAGCUGCUAGGAGCAAAGGGUCUGACCCAGGAGCAGCAGAUGAUGAUCAGGGAGCUGAUGGAUGCGCAGACGAAAACCUUUGACACCACCUUCUCCCAUUUCAAGGACUUCCGGCUGCCAGCUAUGCUUGGCGGUGGCUGUGAGAAUCCAGAGUCUCUGUGCACUCCAUCAAGAGAGGAAGCUGCCAAGUGGCACCAGAUCAAGGAGGACUUGUGCUCUGUGAAGGUCUCUCUGCAGCUGCACGGGGAGGAUGGCAGCGUCUGGAACUACAAACCCCCAAUAGACUGCAACGGGAAAGAGAUCUUUUCCCUGCUGCCUCAUAUAGCCGACUUGUCAACCUACAUGUUCAAAGGCAUCAUCAACUUUGCCAAAGUCAUCUCCCACUUCAGGGACUUGCCCAUGGAGGACCAGAUUUCGCUGCUGAAGGGGGCCACCUUUGAGCUGUGCCAACUCAGGUUCAACACGGUGUUCAAUGCAGAGACUGGGACCUGGGAGUGCGGUCGGCUGUCCUACUGCUUGGAAGACCCUGCAGGCGGCUUCCAGCAGCUUCUCCUAGAGCCGGUGCUGAAAUUUCACUACAUGCUGAAGAAGCUGCAGCUGCGUCAGGAGGAAUACGUGCUGAUGCAGGCCAUCUCCCUUUUCUCCCCAGACCGCCCGGGAGUAGUGCAGCACCAGAUGGUGGACCAGCUGCAGGAGCAAUUUGCUAUCACCCUGAAGGCCUACAUCGAGUGCAACCGGCCUCAGCCCGCCCACAGGUUCCUGUUCCUGAAGAUCAUGGCCAUGCUCACCGAGCUCCGCAGCAUCAAUGCCCAACACACCCAGCGACUGCUGCGCAUCCAGGACAUUCACCCAUUUGCCACCCCCCUCAUGCGGGAAUUGUUCAGCAUGGCGGAUGGCUAA